UCAGAGACUUCGGUGCGCUCAGGCUUGGGGUGACCUGCCGGCGAUCAAGGGGAUGGACACGGCGCGAAAUGGCAUGCGGGGCCGUGUGGAGAGCCCACCGGACAGGAAGGUCUAUAUGGACUACAAUGCCACCACACCUCUAGAGCCCGAAGUCAUCCAGGCUGUGACAGACGCCAUGAAGGAAGCCUGGGGAAACCCCAGCAGCUCCUAUGUGGCAGGUAGGAAGGCCAAGGACAUUAUAAACACAGCUCGGGCGAGCCUGGCCAAGAUGAUAGGGGGAAAGCCCCAGGACAUCAUCUUCACUUCCGGAGGCACGGAGUCAAAUAAUUUAGUAAUCCACUCUAUGGUGAGAUGCUUCCAUGAACAGCGGACCCUGAAGGGGCACGUGGUUGACCAGCACAGCCCCGAGGAGGGGACUAGGCCCCAUUUUAUCACUUGCACGGUGGAACAUGACUCCAUCCGGCUGCCCCUGGAGCACCUGGUGAAAGAUCAAAUAGCAGAGGUCACUUUUGUCCCAGUGUCGAAGGUGAACGGGCAAGCAGAGGUCGAGGAUAUCCUGGCGGCUGUCCGUCCCACCACGUGCCUUGUGACCAUCAUGUUGGCCAAUAACGAGACCGGCGUCAUCAUGCCUGUCUCCGAGAUCAGUCGUCGUAUUAAAGCCCUGAACCAGAUCCGGGCUGCCUCGGGCCUGCCCCGAGUCCUGGUGCACACAGAUGCCGCUCAGGCACUGGGGAAGAGACGAGUGGAUGUUGAGGACCUGGGCGUGGACUUCCUGACCAUCGUGGGGCAUAAGUUCUACGGCCCCAGGAUCGGUGCUCUGUAUGUACGAGGGGUUGGUAAACUUACCCCCCUGUACCCCAUGCUGUUUGGAGGUGGACAAGAGCGGAAUUUCAGGCCAGGGACCGAGAACACGCCCAUGAUUGCUGGCCUUGGGAAGGCUGCUGAUCUGGUGAGCGAGAACUGUGAGACUUAUGAGGCCCACAUGAGAGACGUCCGGGAUUACCUGGAGGAGAGGCUGGAGGCUGAAUUUGGGAAGAGAAUCCAUUUGAACAGCCGGUUUCCAGGAGUGGAGAGGCUCCCAAACACCUGCAACUUUUCCAUCCAGGGGUCCCAGCUUCAAGGGUACAUGGUCCUUGCACAGUGCCGGACACUGCUGGCCAGCGUGGGAGCUUCAUGCCACUCAGAUCAUGAGGACCGGCCAUCCCCAGUGCUGCUGAGCUGUGGUAUUCCCGUGGACGUGGCCCGGAAUGCAGUCCGGCUCAGUGUGGGCCGCAGUACCACCCGGGCUGAGGUGGACCUCAUCGUGCAGGACCUGAAGCAGGCCGUGGCCCAGCUGGAAGGCCCGGCCUAGAGCUAGCAGCUGCUCUUUCCCUCAGUGUCCAGCUGGACUUUGGCCACUCAAUCCAUAGGAAACCGCUUGCAAAAGCCCCUGGUCUCUAAGCUGCCCCUUCUCAAGAGCCGCACUGAGUCGACUUGUGAUGAGGGGCUGCCCACCGCACAGAAUCCCACUCCAGCACCCAUCCUUACAGGCUCAGGACAGCCGUGUCACAUAGGACUUCCCCCUGUCACCUUCUGACAAAGGCCACAGGGGAAUAGGACUAUUCCAGUUAUCAGGCAACCUGCCAGGAUUGUCUGACCCCAGAAGGCACCUUGGCCAGAAGACAAAAUCCAGGUCUUGCUCCAGGGUCAUUCAGCUGCUAGUGUGAGAAUAGGAAAGUUGAUUUCGUCUCCACCCAAGGCCUCCCAAGCACACCCACAGACACACCCCUCCCCAUUGCAGCCCGGCCUCUCCUCUGCCCUCAGCCUGCCACUGCCUGCCUGCCUCCCUGGCCUGAUGGUCCAGAUGAGGUCUCAUGCCUUGUUCCCAGAGGUCACAGUUCACCCUGCCUUCUUCUCAGGGAUCCACCUCCAGCGGGGCUGCCCGGAGGCUGGUGCCUGAUCUCAGGCUUUGCCAAAGUGGGAAGUCUGAGCCUUUCUCACUCAGAUUCUAUUUUAAUUUUAUUUGCAAAAGCUUCUGUCAUCUUGAGGAUGUGUGGCACACAUCGUACAAAGGUUUAAAUAGGAAUGUCUUCUUGGAGGAUGGUUUUAGUGUGUGGGUCUGUGGUCCAAAGGAUGACGCAACACGUGAAAACAGUUGUCAAAAAUUAAACGAGCUAAUGAAAGAUGUUUGCACCUGC